AUAACUGUGGGCAGUUGAACGGCAGCCAGAGCCCCGAAGAAGCCAACUCCAGGGAGGAGGAGAGGAAGCAGAAGGUUCGGAGUCGGUCUCCUAAACUUGGCAAGAUGGGUGACUGGAGCUUCCUGGGGGAGUUCCUGGAGGAGGUCCACAAGCACUCCACGGUCAUCGGCAAGGUCUGGCUUACCGUCCUGUUCAUUUUCCGAAUGCUGGUCCUCGGCACCGCUGCGGAGUCCUCCUGGGGAGACGAGCAGGCUGAUUUCCGGUGCGAUACCAUUCAGCCUGGUUGCCAGAAUGUCUGCUACGACCAAGCCUUCCCCAUCUCCCACAUUCGCUACUGGGUACUGCAGAUCAUCUUCGUAUCUACGCCAUCUCUGGUCUACAUGGGCCACGCCAUGCACACAGUGCGCAUGCAGGAAAAGCAGAAGCUGCGGGAUGCGGAGAAAACCAAAGAGGCCCGUGCCGCCGGUGCCUAUGAGUGCCCGGUGGCCGAGAAGGCAGAGCUCUCCUGCUGGAAUGAAGUGGAAGGAAAGAUUGUCCUCCGGGGCACACUCCUCAAUACCUAUGUCUGCACCAUUCUGAUCCGCACCACCAUGGAGGUGGCCUUCAUCGUGGGCCAGUACCUCCUCUACGGGAUCUUCCUGGACACCCUGCACGUCUGCCGCAGGAGUCCCUGUCCUCAUCCAGUCAAUUGUUACGUCUCGCGGCCCACAGAGAAGAACGUCUUCAUUGUCUUUAUGAUGGCCGUGGCUGGACUGUCUCUCUUUCUCAGCUUGGCAGAACUCUACCACCUGGGCUGGAAGAAGAUCCGACAGCGCUUUGCCAAGUCCCGGCAGGGGAUGGAUAAGCAGAAGCUUCUUGGCGCUUCCACCAGCCUAGCCCAGAGCCUCACUUCUCCCUCUGGCUUCAACCAGUGCCUGAACAGAGUGGGGGACUUAAGUCAUAAUAUGUGUUCCCGGAAGAAUCCAGACACUCUGGCUGCAGAGGAAGUGCUGGACCAGGAGCAUAUUUCUCGAGGUUUCAACAUGCAAUAUAGCCAGAAGCCCGAGGAGCCCAAUGGAGCCUCUCUGAGCCACGACCUUCCUCCGAGCUACCGUGCUGACAAGCGCCGCCUUAGCAAGGCCAGCAGCAAAGCAAGGUCAGAUGACCUGUCAGUGUGACCCUCUGAGGGAAGGCCAGUCCCAGAAGGGAUCUCAGGAGGCUGUGACAGGAAGAAGCAGUCUCUCAGGACAGUAUAUUCUCCCACUCAGCAAUGCCAUGCUCCUUCCGGUCCCAGGUCUGGAUAGCAUUGCUCAUCCAUUCUCAAAAUCACAGUUCGAGGGUCUUCUCAAGGACAGGGCUACUCCUCAGGACUCAUCCUCUACCAGGAGACACAGUGAAGCCUUUCACGUGAUUUGUUAAAUUGGAUAGGGUGGAGGCAGGAACAGGAACCAUGACAAAUCUGACCUGGGAGGGACAGACAUGAAGAUUCAACACCAGCAACAUACCAGAUAGAAACUCCAGGUCUUGGCUUCUUUGGUACUAUCCCCCUCCUUUUUUUUUUAUUUCUUCUUCCUUUUUCUUUUUUUGGAAGAGGCCAAGCUUCUCAGUCAGUUGACAGUUUUCAAGUAAUUAGCAUUGUAUCAUCCCCUUGAAUCUGUUGCUUCCAUGGGCCAUCCCUCCGAGUGGUGCUGAGUUGACCGUGAGCUGCCCUUGGCUACACUUCCCUCCUCCCCGUCUUAAGGGGGUAUCCUUGGUCCUUGGCCAGCAUCAGUGCCUUGGUAUGUGCCUUUGGCAAGCAUCUCAUGGUGGUGAUGUGGCCUUUCUGGCAGGAGAGACACCCAGCUCCUAAGGGCGCCAAUUCCUCUAGGGAGUCACUGUACACACAGGUAGCACUGACUUUGCCGCCCCCUGUCAUCCUACGGUCGUUUACAGGACAACCUAACAAUAGAAACCAUCCUUGCCUGCCUCCUUGGCUGCUUGCCCAGGGCUCCUCUCAAAUCUUUAUAAACAGGAAUGUCCAAGAAGCCACUAGCCUCUCUUGAACCCCGGCCAGAUUACCAGUCACCAAGUUGGGCUGGAGAGAUGGCUCAGUGGUUAAGAGCAUUGCCUGCUAUUCCAAAGGUCCUGGGUUCAAUUCCCAGCAACCACAUGGUGGCUCACCAGUCACCAAGUUGAGGGAAAGUUUCCCGGCAUUUGGGGAAACAAGGAAAGCAUAGUGCUUCUCCUAGGAAAAAGCAAUUCUGCUGUUAAAAUGAAAAUUUAAAAAAAAUGAGAGAAGAUACUAGAAAACUAUUUUCCCUCCUAUGUGUAUCGUUCACUGUCUGGCUGCCAAGAGGAGGCAAGGUGACAGCUACCGAGGCCCCAGAACUCUCUCAGAGGCAUCAAGGGGACAUAGAAGAAGGAGGGGCUCUCCAGCUGUUUUGGGCAAAGCCCUUGUUUAAAUUCCUAUGUUUCCUUGGUACCCCUAGGAAUAUUACCAGGGAAGAACUGCAGAAAAGCCCUGCCUUCCUCAGGGUCUAGCCUGGGGUCUCUACUGAGUAGAUCCAUAAUAGGUUGUCUUCCAUUUUUUUUUUUUUACACAGAUAAGAUAUGCUCAGGAUCAGAUACCGAGACUCAUAGACAUGUUGCUGCAUUAAAAUAUAUCCAUGUGUGUGCACGUUCAUCUAUACGUGUGUGCACGCGUGUGUGUAUACAUGAGUGUGUGUAUACAUGUGUGCAUAUGCGUGUCUAUGUGUGGGCAUAUGCAUGUGUGUGUACAUGCUUAUAGGAUGGUGAAGAAAUGUCCUAAAGAAAAGUAAGGAAAUGAGAAAUGUGUAGGAAGUUUGGGUCUUCCUGCCCCGCUGGCAGUUGUCUGGCAGGAGGACGGAGCUUACAUCAUCAGCCUAAGGGACAGGCAUGAGAAGUCAGUACAGGAAGGUAAAGGCUCAGAGGUCAGUCUCUGCCCCCUGACCCAUCUCUGGGUCCUUCUGCUGGCAUUUGGAUGGUACUGGUGGAUAGAAAGGAAGGCUUGGGAAGGAAGAAGUGACAGGAUACUUGGGAAACCAUGAUGCCCCCCCUCCCUGCCCCGCCAACACAUUUCAUUCAUUAUGAUUCUCUGUCCUUCUAGUUAAGGGAUUUAUUUGUUUUCUGAAAUGAGUGUUUUUGAAUUAGAAACUCUGAGACCAGCCUUUGAAUGGUGAGGUUUUCAGACGGGAAAAGGGACAUAAUAUGUGUAACUUGUUUUCAAUAAAAUCUGCCUCUAC